CUCCUCCUCAUCUCUCAUCCUCCAAAAAUAAUGCUUCUUUGAACGAUCAAAAUUAGUAAACCCUAAAUGGUUUCUAUUUCUCCGGUUUCCAUAACGUGGUGCGUUGAUUUGCCCUCAUUGUUGUACCUUAUUUAUACCGAAAUGAACUCGUUUUCAUCAUAAUUUUCACUCUCGAGGUGUUGUCCGUGGUUUCUUGAUAUCGUCUCGUCCAUCUCACACACAAGUCAAACGAGUCGAGAAGUCGCCGUGUCAAAAUUGCAUUGGUUUUCACGCACCAGCUUGUGGAACGGAUGCCAACCCUCCGAUAAGUGCCGGCCGGGUCCUGAAGGAGAUGUUGGGAAUGUAUAUUUUGGACCAAAUCAUCCAAUGAAACCACAUCGUUUGUGUAUGACACACCAUCUUGUGCUUUCAUAUGGUCUUUACAAGAAGAUGGAGAUAUAUCGGCCACACAAGGCAUACCCCGUGGAGCUUGCCCAAUUUCAUUCAGCAGAUUACGUGGAAUUUUUGCACCGGAUAAGCCCUAAUACACAACAUUUGUUCGCUGAUGAGUUAGCUAGAUAUAACCUUGGAGAAGACUGCCCUGUCUUUGAGAAUCUUUUCGAGUUCUGCCAAAUGUAUGCUGGUGGCACAAUUGAUGCUGCACGAAGGUUGAACCAUCAACUCUGCGAUAUCGCUAUAAAUUGGUCUGGUGGCUUACAUCAUGCAAAAAAGUCUGCGGCAUCAGGCUUCUGCUAUAUCAAUGACUUAGUCUUGGGAAUUCUGGAACUUCUUAAGUAUCAUGCCCGUGUUCUUUAUAUUGAUAUAGAUGUUCAUCAUGGUGAUGGCGUUGAAGAAGCCUUUUAUUUCACAGACAGGGUAAUGACUGUGAGUUUCCAUAAAUAUGGUGAUAUGUUCUUCCCAGGAACUGGCGAUGUUAAGGAUAUAGGUGAAAGAGAAGGGAAAUAUUAUGCCAUUAAUGUCCCACUCAAGGAUGGAAUAGAUGAUGCUAGUUUUACUCGACUAUUCAAAACGAUUAUUGCCAAGGUUGUUGAAACAUAUCUACCAGGUGUAAUUGUUCUUCAAUGUGGAGCUGAUUCACUUGCGGGUGACCGCUUAGGCUGUUUCAAUCUCUCCAUUGAAGGACAUUCUGAAUGUGUAAAAUUUGUGAAGAAAUUCAAUUUGCCUCUGUUGGUUACUGGUGGUGGAGGAUACACAAAAGAAAAUGUUGCUCGCUGCUGGACUGUUGAAACUGGUGUUUUGUUAGACGCAGAUCUUCCAAAUGAAAUUCCAGAAAACGAGUAUAUCAAGUACUUUGCACCAGAUUAUACUUUAAAAAUCCCGAAUGGCAAUAUGGAGAACUUGAAUAGCAAGUCAUAUCUUAGCACAAUCAAGGUGCAAGUUCUAGAAAGUUUACGGUGCAUACAACAUGCUCCUGGGGUUCAAAUGCAGGAGGUUCCGCCAGAUUUUUAUAUCCCGGAAUUUGACGAAGAUGAGCAAAAUCCUGAUGAACGAGUUGAUCAGCAUACUACCGACAAGCAAAUUCAGCGAGAUGACGAGUAUUACGAAGGGGACAACGAUAAUGAUCACAACAUGGAGGAUGGCCCUUGAAAUUUUGUUGCCUUUGUUAUGCUUCUCCAAUGUAUACUCAUUUUUGCUUCUUUUGGGCAGCAAACGAAUUUGUGCACAUAGAUUUAUUGUCCAACUCACUUAAAAUGUAUUCGUAUAUAAUGAAUGGAUCAGUUUUUGUU